CUUAAACAUCAGACUGAUCCAGUGUUAAUCUCUCACGAUGACACUGUUUGAUGGAGACAGACAGCAAUGGAAACAUGAGCCUCAACCAUAAACCCCAUCAAACACACAGCACAGUCCACAGCAGGGGCUGAUGGGAGCUUUGAGGAGCCGUUAGAAACCACGUGGUCCUCGUCUGAUCUCACAGCUCGUCCUUGUUUGGCCUCAGCUGCAUCAGAGCUCCACUUCUCCCCAGGUUCACCAGAGGAAACACCACUGCACAAAAUGCUUUUCCUCCCAGCUGCUGCUUUGUGCUGUCUGUGUUCAGCGCUGGCUGCCAUGGCAACACAGCUGAGUCAGAAAGAUCUGACAUUAACCAGGAACAUUGGUGAAACUGUUUCCAUUGGAUGUACUGGUUUUGAAAUAUGUGACACCAAAUUUGUGUACUGGUACCAGAAAAAGGAGACAGAACCGUUUGUAGUGAUUCUUCGAUUUGAUCGUAGUGGUGAAAAGCGGACUUCAACCUUUAACCACCCUCAAAAAAAUUCGUUUUCAACUCUGAGAAAAGACGGCGUCGAGCUGGUGAUCAGCGGUGCUACGGCGUCUCAUUCUGCCACCUACUACUGUGUCUGUCACAAGUCUGCCUAUCUCAUCUUUGGGUCUGGAACUAAACUUUAUGUAACAGGUGACAAAGUAAAGCCUCCUGUGGUGAACUUGUACUCGGUGACAUCUGAGUACCAGCAGGAGAAGAAGCAGCCCCUGCUGUGUGUCGCCUCAGGCAUGUUUCCCCCCGUGAUCCGGUUUUCCUGGAGAAGACAGAAGGAGAACGGUCCUCUGGAGGAUCUGGCCCCUGCUGAUGGAGAGCAUGUGGAGCUCAGAGAGGCGGGACGUAUCUCCUCCAUCUGGGUGGUUCGUCAGGAUCCUCUUUAUAAAUAUGAAUACAGCUGCUCUGUGAAGCAUGAAGGGCAGGUUAAGGAGCCUCAGACAAAGAUAGUGGUUUUCCCGCCACCUCCACCGCCACCUUCUGGACCUCACUGGUUCAGAGAGCGCCUGCUGUGCCUGCUGUACUCGGUGCUGAUAUCCAAGAGUCUGAUCUACUUCUGUGGACUGUCCCUGUUCAGCAUCUGUGGAAACCAGAGAGCUUGAGGUGAUGAAGGAUUCGCCGUCUGUCUUCCAGCAGCUGAAACCUUCGAACAUGAAUGUAAAACCUUCAGAUUUCCAGUUUUAAUAAACUGCAAACUUGAUCAUAAACAUGUAUGAGCAAACUUCAGCGCUCAUGCAGCAUUUCAUACAGUUAAUGAUUGCAAUGCAUCCAACAGAACAAAGCUUUAUUCAACUUGUGAUGUAAAAUAAAUCAUUUUCUGAUUUUAAAGCACAUUUUUGGAUUGUGAAUCUAAUCAGUGUCUUUUAAUGCUUUAUUUGAAAUAUUGCAUUUUUCUGCUUUGUUUACCUGAAUGUCUGGAAGUUUUUUUGUUCAUUUCUGUCUGAUUUUACAGUUAUUUUUUGUUUCUAAGAUUUUAUUUCAUUUUAUUGUGUAUCCAGUUAAUGUGUUUUCUUCUUCUUCUGCCAAGUGAGCCGUUAGCUGAGGCUGAGUUUAGCAGGACUGGAGUUUUACUGAAGAAGAUAAAACGUGAACCUCACUUAAUUAAACCCUGAUUAUCCCUUAAAUGAGAGUUCAUUCUGUUUAUAUCAGUUUAAAUGUAAGGUCAUUAUCUUUAUUUUAUAUAUUUAGUAAAAUAAACAAAUCCCAAUUAAUAAAGAA